CCGACUUCACUCUUUUCCUCGCCCAGGUCCUCCCACCCCUACCAUGGCCUCUGCUAUCGCUCGCAGCGUGCUCAAGAGGAGCUUCCACGUCUCUGCAUCGAAGCAUGCCUUGUUCAAGUUCGGCAUGCCCGCCAUGAGUCCGACGAUGACAGAAGGUGGGAUUGCCCAAUGGAAGAAGAAAGAGGGCGAAUCGUUCUCCGCGGGUGAUGUCCUCCUUGAGAUCGAAACGGACAAGGCCACCAUUGACGUAGAGUCCCAGGAAGACGGUAUCCUCGCCAAGAUCAUCGCUCCGGAUGGCACGAAGGGUGUUGCCGUGGGUUCGCCUAUCGCUAUCCUUGGUGAGGAGGGCGAUGAUAUCUCCGGCGCAGACAAGCUCGCUUCAGAAUCUGCCUCUGAAAGCAAGCCCGCUGCACCCAAGAAGGAGGAGAAGACGGAGGGCCCUCAGGUCACCAGCACUGAGCCGACCACCCCCGCCAAAUUCUCAAAAGACGCUGAAGUCUCUUCACCCAGGGAAGAGAUUCCCCAGGGUGAUCGCGUCUUCGCGUCACCCAUUGCCAAGAAGAUCGCGCUCGAGCGGGGCAUUCCUCUUGCAAAGGUCAAGGGCUCUGGCCCUAAUGGCCGCAUCCUUCGCGAGGACGUCGAGAAGUACCAACCUUCCGCGGCCGCGGCCGCGGGUCCAACUGCUGGCUUCCCUCAGCCAGCAACGGCCUCACCAGAUUACGUCGACAUCCCCGUGUCCAACAUGCGUCGCACUAUUGGCUCGCGUCUGACGCAGUCGAAGCAGGAGCUCCCGCACUACUACCUCACCGCUGACAUUAACAUGGACAAGGUGCUCAAGUUGCGCGAGGUCUUCAACAAGACUCUUGGCGAAAAGGACAAGUCUGCCAAGCUCAGUGUGAACGACUUCAUUGUCAAAGCUACUGCAUGUGCGCUGGCGGACGUUCCCGAGGCCAACUCGGCGUGGUUAGGCGAGAUCAUCCGGCAAUACAAGAAGGCCGACAUUUCGGUUGCCGUUGCUACCCCGACUGGUCUCAUCACGCCCAUUGUGAAGGAUGUCGGAGCGAGGGGCCUGACUGACAUCUCGUCGACUACCAAGGCGCUGGCGAAGAAGGCACGUGAUGGCAAGCUGCAGCCACAGGAGUACCAGGGUGGCACUUUCACCAUCUCCAACUUGGGCAUGUACGGCAUCUCGCACUUCACCGCGAUCAUCAACCAGCCUCAGUCCUGCAUUCUUGCUGUUGGAACGACAUCACCAACACUGGUUCCGGCGCCCGAGGAGGAGAAAGGUUUCAAGGUGGUAAACAAUAUGAAGGUCACUCUCAGCUGCGACCACCGCGUCGUCGAUGGCGCUAUGGGCGCGAGGUGGAUGGCUGCCUUCAAGGGUUACAUCGAAAACCCCUUGACUUUCAUGCUCUGAUUGCCUGGGUUCCUCAUUGUCGUGCUUUGGUAUAGACGUUUUCUAUCACUGUUGCUCCCGUAGUCAUCUCCAUAAUUCACCUGCGUCACCUGGUUGGAUUAUAAGCCUCACAGACUGCACUUCAUGCGUUUCAUACGCGUGUGUAGGCGUUGAAGCCACCCCGGAAUCAAGCUAGGCUAGCGACCGUCUCCUAAGGUACCUAAGUCUUGUUGAAUCCCAUCAUCUCGAUCUUACCGUUCUCAAACUUCUCCCACUUGGAUUUGGCGUCGCCAGGGCAUAUCUGGAUGUCUCCACGGCAGAGCCCAGUCAUAGUUUCUUCCGUGAACUUGUCAAGGGGCAUCCAGAAUUUGCUGAGCUUUGGUGUCGUUCCUUGAUGGUCGUGCAGCUCAGACUCUGUGAGAGGAGGGAUGAUCUCCAUUACCUGCACCGUAGUAUCCUUGAGCUGGUGGCUCAGAGACAGGGAGAAGGAGUGCAUAGCAGCCUUGGCGGCGCAGUAUGCGGGCACCCAUGGACCUGGGACAAUUCCGAGACCUGACGUAACAGGGAUAAUGAAGCCAGGACGUCCUUGCUCGCUGAGUUUAAGGAAGUGAGGCAAGAGGAAUUUAAUCAGGGUCACAAGAGAUACAUAGUUGAUAGUGUAUUCUGCCUCAAAGAGAUCCAGAUCGAACUUCUCAGGUUCCUUAAAGUUGAAGAUGUGCUGGACACCAGACGACAAGAUUAUUGCGUCCAAGUCGGGGCAAGUGGAGACAAGCUCGUCCACGAUCUUGGCAAGAGACUCGCGACCACUCGUGAGGUCGAUGCAUGCGGUCUUGAUACGCUCGCUCUUCUGGGCGAGCUCGUCAAGUCGUUCCUGCCGUCUGCCGGAGACAAUGACGGUUGGCUUGGACGGUAGGUCAUGGAUGGCAAGCGCGAGGGCGCGUCCGAUGCCGGCGGUGGCACCGACGACGAGGACACACUUGGCGUCCUGAAUGUUUGCGCGUGUAGAGUCGACGGGCAUGACUGUGGCGGGAGGAAGAACGGGAAAGGCGUGGAAGACUGGAGGGCCCGUGGGUCACCCUUUCAUAUUUGCUGGAUGAUGUGACAGCCACCAGUUUUGGCUGCAGGAGCCCACUCACGAUGUCCACUUGACCUGGCGGCAGCCAUCGGCGCGUCGAUCCACCCACUUCACCUGGUGUGGAUCCGUGACGUCCCUCCCAAAUAUUUCGCUGUGCGCGCGAGCUGCAGCCUACAGUAUUUGCUUUCCCAAUGAGGUCGACGUCAUAUCCGGCGAUCGACUGUUUCGCGCGCUCCGUGUAGACACACCCUGCUAUCGAC